AUGAAAUAUCUUUUGUUGCUUUUGGCUGUUGUUGCUACUGCUUCGGCAACCACCUAUACAACCACCAAUUGGUUCACACCAGGAGUAGGAUACGGAAAAGGAGUCACUGGACAUGGAGGAUAUGUCAUUCCCUACAAAACUGUAGGAUGGGGUACUGGAUGGGGAAACCAAGGAGGAUAUAACGUUGGUAAUUUAGGAGCUCUUACUGGUCUUAAAGCCAUUGGACCAUACGGCGGAGGAAGUUUAGGAGGUCUUGGUGGUGCUAAGGGCAUUAGUCAUCUUGGUGGUGUAGGUUUAGGGCCUUUCGGCGGUGCCAAGGGCAUUAGUCAUCUUGGUGGUGUAGGUUUGGGGCCUUUCGGCGGUGGAAAAAUUAGUCCUUAUGGAGGAUUAUCAGGAGUCCCAGUUGUUGGUUAA